AUGCGCGGCCAGAUUCCAAUUGUCUUGACCUAUCUAGGCCUCGUCUCGGCUUGUCAGCGAGACCUCCUCCUUAGUCCUCGGCACACCCACCGCAAGCCUAUCACUAGGCGCGCCGACGAUCAAUGGCCUCCCGUACUGACGGAGCAGGAGACUGUCCUAGUCAAUGCUUUUGACAACGUUACCAUUGACGAAUGGGCCGAUUACUACGGCCACCAGGUCAAGCUCGCGGGCCUAGGCAAGGACGCUGCGCAGUGGACGGCCGACCAGUGGAACAAGCAUGGAUUCGAGUCGCAUUUGAACGAGUAUCACGUCUACCUGAGCUAUCCGGUGCACGCCUCGCUCCAGAUCACGUAUGCCAACGGAUCAACGAAUGAUGUCAGGCUGGACGAGGAUGUGCUGGAAGAAGAUGAUGUGACCGGACGAGAGGAUAACCAGCCUACAUUCCAUGGGUACUCUGCCUCUGGAAACGUUACGGCUGAAUACGUUUACGUUGGACGCGGUUCCCAGGCCGACUUUGACCGACUGGUUGAACUGGGUGUUGAACUCGAAGGCAAGAUUGCUCUCGCCAGAUACGGAGGGCUUUUCCGAGGUUUGAAAGUCAAGAAUGCCCAAGACCAUGGCAUGAUUGGUGCCGUCAUUUUCACCGAUCCAGCCGACGACGGAAACCAGACUGUGGCUAACGGUUACGAGGCGUAUCCUAGCGGUCCUGCCAGGAACCCAAGCUCAGUCCAGAAGGGCUCCGUUUUGUUUCUCUCCACGAACCCGGGCGACCCGACAACUCCGGGCUACGCCUCCCAUGAGGGCGUCGACCGCGCAGACAUCUCCAACGUCACUCCGAAAAUCCCCUCCAUCCCCAUCUCGUACGCUUCUGCUGAGCCUCUGCUGAAGGCUCUCGAUGGCUUUGGCGCGUCUGCUGACGAGGUCAACCGUACGGUUUGGGCAGGCGGCCUCAACGCCAACUACAGCACCGGUCCUGCUCCUGGAGUUACCCUGCACCUCGACAAUCUGAGCGAGGGCAAGAUUACGCCCAUUUGGAACGUCAUCGGUUAUAUUAACGGCACCAACGCCGACGAGACUAUCGUCAUUGGAAACCAUCGCGACACCUGGAUGAUUGGUGGAAACGGUGACCCCAACUCUGGCUCUGCUAUCCUUGUCGAGUUCACCAAGGCCGUUCAAGUUUUGCGAUCCAAGGGUUGGGUCCCGAAACGAAACAUUGUUCUCGGUUCAUGGGACGCCGAGGAAUACGGCCUCGUCGGAAGCACGGAAUGGGUCGAAGACAACGUCAACUGGCUCACUGAGACGGCUGUCGCCUACCUCAACAUUGACGUCGCCGUGUCCGGACCCAGACCUAACCUCGCAACCACGCCUGAGCUACACACUCUUGCCACCGAGACCUUCAAGAAAGUCAUCCACCCCAACUUCGGUGGCUACAACACUACCCUGUACGAUGUCUGGGAAGAAGUCAGCGGUGGUCUUGUAGACCCGCUCGGCAGUGGAAGCGACUACACUGCCUUCUUGCACAGGGGUAUCAACUCGGUAUUAACGAGUUAUCAGCUUGACGUCGGCUCCAGCGGUGGUCCAACUGACCCCAUCUGGCAUUACCACAGCAAUUACGACACCUACCAUUGGAUGGCCAACUUCGGUGACCCGGGAUUCCAGGUCCAUGCCGCCAUCGGCCAGUACCUAGCACUUGUUGCCUUCCACUUGGCUGACGAUGACAUCUUGCCCAUCGACUUGCCAAACUACGCUUCUGAGCUGCGCUCGUACCUUGAGGAUUUAACCGAGUACGUCGAGUCUGAGGGCCAGGAGCUUGACCUCUCUGAGCUUUCCGAUGCCAUUGAUAAGUUUGCGACUCGUGCCGAUGAGGUCAAGGCAUUGGAGAAGCUUGCUCUUACCACCAAUGACACUGAUCUUAUCACGGUCGUGAACCACAAGUACCGCGAUUUCCAGAGGGGCUUCAUCAGCCAAGGUGGUCUUCCCAACCGAGAGUUUUACAAGCACGUCGUUACCGCGCCAGGCCUAGAUACUGGCUAUGCCGCUGUCUUGUUCCCUGGAAUCACUGAGGGAGUCCAGUACGGCGACGGCAACCUAACUGUUGCAGAGGAGUGGGUGUCCAAGACGGCACGCGGUAUCCUGCGGGCUGCCGAAAUCAUCAAGACGUAA